AUGUUAGAAAAAUUUCGAUCUUAUCAUUUAUUUGGUUGGAGAAUGAUUGAUUUCCUUCGAAAAGCUGACAUGUGUGUUUCGAUUGUAGAACCUAUUCCUAAACCUGAAGAUAAUACAAUAUCAUUAUCUCAAACAGUGAAGACUGCUGAAUUUUUGGAAAACAAACCAAAGAAGACUUUAGAAGAGAUACGCUCUUUAGACCGUCAUCAUAUUGCAGAUUGUUAUAAGAUUUCACUUGAAUCAUUGACCGAGGAAUUCAUUUCAAAGUAUGAGAAUUAUAAUCAUAUGAAAUGGUUCAGAGCUUAUAGGCAGUUACGAGAUGCUG